AUACACUGACCAUGGCAUCUGAAAAGCCGAUACUUUACAGCUAUUUCCGAAGUUCCUGCUCUUGGAGAGUGAGAAUUGCACUGGCUCUGAAAGGGAUUGCAUACGACUUGGUGCCAGUGAGCCUCCUGAAGGAUGGGGGACAGCAGUUUUCUGCUGAGUUCAAGGCAGUGAAUCCAAUGCAGCAAGUCCCAGCCUUGAAAAUUGAUGGGAUCACCCUUUCUCAGUCACUAGCUAUAAUUCAUUACCUAGAAGACACCCGUCCUAGCCCCAGGCUCCUGCCCCAAGAUCCGAAGAAGAGAGCCCAAGUCAGAAUGAUAGCAGAUCACAUUGCUUCCGGCAUUCAGCCACUCCAGAACCUAAGUGUCCUGAAACAAAUGGGUGAGAAAAAGGUGGAAUGGGCUCAGCACUGCAUCACAUCUGGCUUCCAAGCUCUGGAGCAGAUUCUGCAGCACACUGCUGGGCACUACUGUGUGGGGGAUGAAGUUUCCAUGGCUGAUCUGUGCUUGGUGCCUCAAGUUGCCAAUGCUGAAAGAUUCAAAGUGGACAUGGGUCCAUAUCCCACAAUAACCAGAAUAAACAAAGCUCUCCUGGAGUUAGAGGCAUUCAAAGUAAGCCACCCAUCCCGGCAGCCAGAUACUCCUGCAGAGCUGCAAGCUUAAAGCCCUUCUACUCAUAAAAUCAAGUAAGCUGGAGUGUCAGAGAGGACAACAGCUACAGCUCGAGUAGGACUUCUGUGCCAGUGGGAAGCCUUAGUACUAUUGUCUCACU